AUGCCAGUUCAACCCCCACUUCCACCCUUUGUUAAGGGUGUAGGUGAGAAUGAGCUUAGAGCACAGACACCAAGGCAAGAGGCUGAGCUAUGUGAGGUUCUCGAUCAGCUCACACGAACUGUUGUCAUAAUUUUACAAGGAACGGGCCACAGUGAAAAUUCAGCAGAGGUUGAGAGUUGGCUCACUGAGUUGGAAAGAGUGUUUGAAAAUAUAAGGUGUCCAACUGAGGAUUGUUGUGACUGCAGUUACUUAUCCUUCAAUGAGAGCUUUGGCCUAAGCAGCCUAUCGAGUGGCGAAGACUAUUAG